AUGUCUCUCGCGAAGACAGAUUAUAUGAGCGAUACCUGGAAAGACGGUAUCUUUGCCAACAAGGUUGUCUUUUGCACAGGAGGUGCAGGAACUAUUUGCAGUGCCCAAGUGCGUGCUCUAGUUCAUCUUGGUGCCAAUGCCUGCAUCAUCGGUCGCAAUGUCGAAAAGACCGAACGUGCAGCCAAAGAUAUUGCCACGGCACGCUCCGGAGCCAAGGUCAUCGGCAUCGGUGCUGUUGAUGUUCGCAAGUACGAUGACCUGAAGAAGGCAGUUGAUCGCUGUGUGAAAGAGCUCGGUGGCAUUGACUUUGUGAUUGCUGGCGCUGCGGGCAACUUUCUUGCCUCGAUCGAGCAGCUUUCAGUGAACGCAUUCAAGUCAGUCAUGGAUAUUGACGUGAUCGGCUCUUAUAACACGCUGAAGGCCACUCUACCUCACCUGAUCGAGUCCGGCGGCAAGCAUCGCAUUGAUUCAGAGACCCUCAAGCCAGCCCCUGGUGGUACGGGUGGUAGAAUCAUCUUCGUCAGUGCCACCCUUCACUAUCGGGGCACACCGUUCCAGGCACACGUUUCCGUCGCCAAGGCUGGUAUCGACGCUCUGUCUAAUACCGUUGCCAUCGAGUAUGGACCUCGGGGCAUGACUUCAAACAUUAUUGCUCCCGGUCCUAUCGGUUCCACAGAGGGCUUGGACCGUCUCCUCCCAUCUGAUACCAAGGCGGCCUACACCAAGGCACAGCCGCUGGGUCGUGUUGGACACGUUCGUGAUAUUGCCGACGCGACCAUCUACCUCUUCUCCGAUACUGGCAGUUAUGUCACAGGACAGACUUUGGUUGUGGAUGGUGCCAGCUGGCGGAUGUCCGCUGGUUCGGCGGGCAACGGCAAGGUCCAAUACCCCGACAUCCUUCUCUCUGGUCAAGAAAUUGCCAACGUGACGGGCAAGAAGGCGAGCUCAAAGCUUUGA